AUGUUACAAACAGAUAUUACUGUGGCUACUUAUUGGGUUACAAAUCCAUAAAAUAUUUUAAGAAGAAAUAGAUCUGGAGGUUCAGAAUGGUAUGGAUUUUGGUAUGAAAUUAAAACCAAUCCAGAUGGUCCAUCAGCUACUUCAGAUAUUUGUCCUCCAGGAUUAAACAUCCUUGAGUUUAAGGAUAAUUGGUCACAUUCAAAUGGUAGAUUUGGUCUUCGUAUCUUCUAAAUGGCACCAAGAAAGUUCCCUUGUAACGAUCCUGCUAAUUGGGUCAAUGAUUAACCAUACAUUGAUAAUCCAAGUCUUUAAGCCGUUUUUGAAAAAUUCUAUACAUGGAAAAAUAAUGAAUGUGGUAUUUUAGGGGAAGAAUUGGGUAACAUCUACUUCAAGGACAUUAUGAUUGCUGAUUCCAAAUUUGCCGGUUUCUAAGCUCAUAAAGGUAACUUCUCAACUGAAGGAGCAGUCUUGGAUAAUGCAGUAAUCAUUGGUAAAUCAAAUCAUAAUGCAAAUCCAGAUGAUACUUACUAUGAUGGAUCAAGAGCAAUGGUAGUUCCAAGAACAAAUGGAUUUUUAGCUAAAAAUAUCAGAAUUUAUAAUUAUGGAAGUAAUACUGCUUUAAUUGAAUCAUGCUCUGUAUGUUGGAAUGUUAAAUUAUGGGUAUAAGGAGGCAAAAAUACAUAAUUCUUUAAUGUCAAAGCAUAUCAUUCUGAUACAGCUAAUCGUAUCUUUUGGUAGAAACAUAGAAGAGAAAUCUUCUGGGAUUAAGAUGGUUCAAUUUCAGGAGUGUCAGGAGGUGCCUAUAUUAUCCCAUAUAAGAAGCAUAUUGAUGGAAUUCCAGGAUGUGUUAAUCAUCCAGAAGAUUUUUGGGAUAAUUCUAUCAUUUGUGCUAUGAAUUAAGUCACAAUAAGAGAUGUUUUGGUUAAUAAUCCUACUCCAGAACAAGAUUUCACAGGAGUUGAUAUGAAAUUAUAUAGAUUGGACAGUACUAAUAUUGCACUCAAAAUGGAUGCUAAUAUUGACGAGAGCAAAUUCAUAGAAGGAGAAACAAUGAAAAUUAUAAAGAAAAGUCAUGAUGUUAAAUAAUCAUUUGCAAGUAUAUUUGCAACUGGUUUCACUUAUAAUGUCCAUUUCAAAUUUGGAGCAAGUGAUCCAUUAAGCAUGGGUAUCUUUGCGUCUCCAUACUUCAACUAAAAUGAUGAUGCUGUUAUUCUUAGAUUUAAUUACUCUGCCAAUAGGGAAACAUUUGAUAUCAUGAGAAACAUUGGAGGAAAAUUCCCAGUAAAUUACACAAAAUUGGAAUAGAUUCCAAAUACUAAGACUUGUAAUUAAGGUGAUUGGUUUAAUGAUAGAACAAACAAACUAUUCUUCCUUUGCUUGUCUGGUAAGAAUAAGAAGUAAUAUGAAUAUGUUGAAGUCAGAGGAGUUAUUUGCAGAGAAGAAUGCGAUAGUUUAGGAGAUGUACCAUAAGAAGAUGGAUAUAGAUAUUGGAGUGAUCCUGCUACUUGGAUAGAUAACAAAGUACCAGUUGAAGGAGAUAGUCCAAUUGUAUAAGCAGCAUAUUAAGUUAUCUUAGAUGUUGAUCCUCCUAAACUUGUUAAUUUAACUAUUUUGGGAUCUUUAAUUUUUGAUGAGAAAAGAGCAUCAACUAAGUUAGAAGCAGAGAGAAUCUGGGUUAGAUCAGGAAAAUUAUUGGCUGGUAAUUCAACUAAUCCAUUCCCUGGAAAGAUUAACAUUGUAUUGAAUGGAGAAUUUGGAGAUAAUCCAUUAGUAAUUGAUGCUAAUCUUGAUGUUGGUAAUAAAGUACUUGCUGUAACAAGAGCUAUGGAAUUAUACUCAAAGCCACCUGGAACAGUAUGGACUAGAUUAGCUGCAUAUGCUGAUGCUGGUGCAACCACUAUUACUGUAGCUGAAUGUGCUGAUUGGGCCGUUGGUGAUGAAAUAGUAUUUGGUCCAUCAGGUAGUGACCCUGAAUAAAGAGAGAAGAGAUCAAUAGCAGCCAUUUCUGGAUGUGUUAUAACAUUAAAUCAAGCCCUUGAAUUUGAUCACUAUGGAGCUCCAUCAGUAACUAUUGAUAAACCUGGAAUUGGACAAUUAGAUAUGAGAGCAGUUGUUGGACAUUUAACUAGAAAGAUUAAGAUUGAAGGAGGACCUAGUGUUCAUGGUUUAGGAUGUAGAGUCUUGAUUUAUCAAUUCGAAGAACCAGAAGCUAAUUUAGGAUUCCCAAGAAGAGGAUACACUGUUUUACAUGGUGUAGAAUUUAACAAUUGUGGUCAAUAUGAUACUUAAAGAAGUGGGUUAGAUUUUAGAAAUCUUAAUAGUGAGAUCAUUAAGACUCCAAGUGAAGUUAUUGGUUGCUCAUUCCAUGAUACUACAGGUAUGUUGAUGACAAUCUAAAAUUCUUAAUACAUUACAAUCAAGAAUAACAUAUUCUUUACUGGUAUCAAGGCUUUGGUUUAGAUCAAUAACAGUUAAUAUGUGAAAUUCUAAAAUAAUGCUUUGAUUUAUGUCAAAAAGAGAAUAUUAAACGAAGGAGGUAUUGCAAAUUGGGCAGUAUUUGGUAACUUUGUUUACAUGGAUGAAUUAGUACCAACUUAAAUGACAAGAGAUGUUGUUGAUGUAUCUGGAAAUGUCGGAUAAGGAUCAUAAGAUACAGGUUUCUUCGUGAUGGCAAGUAGAUGUUCAGAUGCAUAUUAAUCAUCAUUCUAUAAUAAUCAUUGUUCAGGAUCUGUGUUGGCUUGUUUUGGAGUCAGAUAAGACCCAGAAGGAAAGUGCACAUACAUAUAAGGAUUAUCUGCAUAUCAUAGUGGAGUAGGUAUAAUGUACGCAGUUUUUGCAGAGGAAUUACGUUUGGAGAAAGCAUUGGCUGCUGAAAACGACGUAGGUAUUGUCUUAAGAGGUGCUCCUUAAAGCAUUUAAGACAAUUAGAUGAAGUUUUCAAAUAGUUUUGUGAGUGCAUUUGUGAGACCAGAAUGUCCUAAGUGUUAUUCUGCAACUUUGAAUCCUUAUUGCAGUAAUGUCUAUGGAGUUAAGAUGGGUACAUUAUCUUCAACUGCUUUCCCUCCUAUUUCGACUAAACCUUCAGACAAUUUUGAUUCUCUUUGCACCAUUCAAAGAGUUGAUCUAAGAGUUUAUGUCAAUAAUGUAGAAUUCAAUAAUUUCAGAUUAUCUCAUGACUCUGCUCCUAGAUGUGGUAAAAAUGCAGUAUUCAAGACAAAUCACAAGGCACAUGAUUCUACAGGAUAGCACUAUUUGGUUAAUUCACCUUGUACCAACUGUGAAUUUGAUUCCAUUCUUUAUUAGAUGAGAGAUUCUGAUUGGUCUAAAUUAGGAUGGUUCGGAGGAUGUGGUUCAUUUGAAUGCACAGGUCAGAAAAAUGUCUUGGUUGAAGAUCAAACAGGUCACUUCUUUGGACAAAUUGGGUAGGCCAUAACCAAUAAUACAUACUUUGGACCAAACGUAACUCAUUGUAUUAGAAAGAACACUUGGAAUGGAUAUUGGUGCCCUGAUAGAAAGAUUACAGUUUUGAGUUUUAUGAGUGUCGCAGCUGAUUACAACAAGAGACUGUAUUCUCCAAUCAAGUUGACUGAUGGAUUAUUCUUCAAUGAGAUUAAUAGUUUCUUUGAAUGGAAUUGGGAUGGACCGGAACCUUUGAAUUUGAGAGAAUCUAAAUUCGUAGCCUUGGUGUCAGCCAAUACAGUUAUUAAUAUGAGCAAUGCAGGUAUGAACCCAACUGCAUCUGAAUAUUGGCUAUCAAAAAGAAGUGAGGCUGGAAGUCCUGAAGAUUACGUAAUUUUGAAAUGGCAGUUUUCAGUGCCUUAAAUUGUUCAGGUAUAGGUUGGCAAUAAAGUCAUAUUGCCUGGAUUGACCACAAAUUCUAAACAUCAUGAUUUAUUGACUAUGACUGACUAAUGUGGAGCCAAUAACUACUUCUUUGAAAAUAGAACUAUUCAUUUUGUAGUCAAUGCAAAACUUGGAUGCAAAGUUAAGAUUUCACUUAAGAAUACACUCCAAGUUUCAACAAGACUAGAAAUAACAACAGAUGAAUUCUUUGGUGAUAAAUUCUUGCAAUACGCAAAAGCUCAAUUAGGCGGAGAUCCUUAUAAUUACUUUAUUAUUGGAACCAAGAAAUCAACUAGAAGAUUUUUGGAUGAAAGCGUCAGCUAAUAAGUUACCGUUGAUUGGGGAAUAGUUGAUAGUGCUGAAAUUGGAACAGAAGCAUCCUCUAAUUCUUAGUAGGUUCUUUCAGAAUUAGCCAGCAAAUUAGAAUCCUUCAAUCCUCCCCCUGAAAUUGGUACAGUGUUAGAACAAUCAACCACAAUCACUGCUAUUAACAAAUUAAACUUCGCAAGCACUGAAGUUACAUCAUUGACUCCAACCUCUCCUAGUGAUGGUACCAAUACAAACAAUGGAAGCAAUAAUAAUAAUGGAAAUAGUGACAAUAGCAACAACAAUGGUAACACUGGAUCAACAGGUGGAAAUACUAACAAUAACUCCACUUAAUCUGAUAAUACAGAAAUUGUAUUGACUACUGAUGAAGGUGUUAAUCAAUAGGAUCUUAGCGAUAAUAUCGAUAGCAAUACAUCAGGAACAAUUCAAAAAGCUAUCAAAAAGACUGAAUCAUCAUCUUCCACAGUGAUCAUUGUUGUUUCAGUAAUCUGUUCAGUAAUUGGCGUUUCACUCCUUAUCUCAGGAUUGUUAUAUUACAAGAAGGUUAAAUUAGCCAAAUUGAUGGCUGCUAGAGCCCAAAAGGUAGAUAAUGAAUUCUUCAAAGUGAACAUCACUGAACAAUAACUACAACACUAACAACAAGAAUGAGGAAUGAUAAAAUAUGUUUAGAAAAUAUUAAAAUUUAAUUUAUAAAAUCAU